UCCUCUAUUGUCGGUUUAAAGUGGAGCAAUCUCUUUUUGUUUUGCUAGAAAUCGACGAAGAGGAGACAGAGCCAGAUAGAAAUUAGAGACCCAUACCUCUUCAUCUGACUACAAUAGUUCCGAUUUCUUUCUCAAGGGCUCCCUUUUACAGGUAAUCUUAGGGAUUCUGUGAAAAGAAGCAAUGACGACUGCAGCUAGACCUACAUGGGCACCUGCUAAAGGUGGCAACGAACAGGGAGGUACUCGGAUUUUUGGCCCGUCGCAGAAGUAUUCCUCGAGGGACCUUGCGGCUCAUACCAGUCUAAAACCCAGGAGAGAAGGACAGGCCAGCCAUGAUGAAUUGCAGAAUAGAAAUCUUCGUGAUGAGCUUGAAGAGCGUGAACGCAGGCACUUCUCCUCAAAACAUAAAUCUCACGAUGAUGACAGAGAUCGCAGGAAAGCAAAUCAUCUUUUACUGGAAGGAACAAAGAGGGAUUCUGAAGACCGCAUUGUUCCACGAAGUGUGGAUGCUGAUGAUUCGGAUGUUGAAGUCAAAAGUGACGAGAGUGAUGAUGAGGAUGACGACGACGAUGAGGAUGACACAGAAGCUCUUCUGGCUGAGCUUGAACAAAUCAAGAAGGAAAGGGCAGAGGAAAAGGCCCGGAGGGAUAAAGAGCAGAUGGAGGAACAACUAAAAGCCAAGGAGACAGAGGUUCUUCGAGGAAACCCGCUAAUAAAUCAUGCAACCUCAUUUAAUGUAAAGAGGAGGUGGGACGAUGAUGUGGUCUUCAAGAACCAGGCCCGAGGUGAAACCAAAACUCCCAAGCGCUUCAUCAAUGACACCAUAAGGAGCGACUUUCACCGGAAGUUCCUCCAGAAAUACAUGAAAUAACUCACGGCAGUCAAGGUGGGGAAACCCCAGUAACAAUGAAUUGUAAAAGGGUAUGGGCAGUGGAUUCGGGCGGGGAAGUCCAAUGCAUUUCAUGUAUAAGACAUAUCCAAGUCUUCACUGGCUAAUCAAUGCCCUUAUUUUGUGGUCCUGUGAGUGAAGCUCAUGUUUUGCUUUA